AUGGAAGGCGCCUACGGAAAGUUAUGUCACAGAUGUAAACGCAUUUUCAGUGCUUCCGUUACGGAGACAGUUGAUUUGUAUCGCAACUACAGGGAGUUUCUCGCAAGUAAGAACAACGGGUGCGUUAUCUGCUCUUUGUUAUGGGCAGCGCAUAAACCUCCAGCCCAUAAUAAGCGAGGUGCAGAGAACGUCGAUGGCGAUUACGAGUUUGGGCAGUUUGAUAUCUACACCCGUGGGUCCUGCAAAACCGGUGGAAUGAAAUUUGGUUCAGUUCACUCUCCUGAAAUUGGUUUCCAUAUUACAACUCAGUGGGCUGAAAAAUCAACGAUGUAUCUCGAUAUAGUCAAUAUAGAUACCCAAAUCGAAGACUAUAUCUCCUUCGUGAAAUAUUUCGCAGAGACAAUAGAACUUGACCUUGGCCUUGAGCUUGAGAACUUUAUUUGGGGACUCGUUGGUCGUAGCCCAAGGACAAUAGAGCACAAAGUUGAGACCCUUCCUUGGAGAGUCCUUGGUCCUAGCACAGGGUCUGAUGAAUCCCUAAUAAAGAUACGCGAGUGGGUUUCGUCCUGUGAAGCCAACCAUAAGCACUGUAACCUUAACCGGAGACAUCGCGUAGCUCCCAGCUUAGGAGCUAGCACAUUCUUUCCCUCUCGAGUGGUUGAUGUCGAAAAGGCCGAUAUUGGCAUAAUAUCUUUACGAGAUCGAGCCGAGGUAUUGGCUCAAUUCGGCUCUAAGAAUGAUGAACCUCCUGCCUACUGGACUUUAUCUCAUCGCUGGGGAGAAACUAAUGCGAUGCCACGACUUCUCAAAGAGACAGAGCUCAGGCUACGUGAAGGCAUCAAACUUGACGAAUUACCGCCAAUCGACAGGAUGUGGCCAGCCUUUCGCGAUGCGGCCCUCCUUGUAAAACGCCUUGGUUACAGAUAUCUAUGGAUCGACUCGUUGUGCAUCUUUCAAGAUUCGGAGACUGAGUGGCAACGAGAGGCUGGGAUGAUGGCAAAGGGGGGGCUCACCUCCAGGCUCUUAUAUCCUUUUAUAAUAAAUGGAGAUGACGACAAGCCAUGGUGCCUCUUAUGGUGUCGCCCAUCGUGGAAUCACGAAGUUGAAGACGCGCCUUUGGCGAGUCGCGGCUGGGUUGUGCAAGAACGCUUCUUAUCUACGCGGACUGUUUACUUUACUGAUCAUCAGAUUUUCUGGGAAUGCUUGGAAGCGACCGAUUCUGAAACCCAGCCGAGGGGUGGGGUCUUGCAACAAACCAUGUUUUUAAUUGACAGAGAAAACACUAAGCAAGAUGGUAAAUCAAUGGGGCUGGGUUUUUGUAGGCGUAGGCUGGAAGAAAACACUCCCAAGUUACACCUCCACGCCUCUAACACACAAAUGUCGAAGGAAGUAUAUGACGACUGGGAUCGUGUUGUGAACUAUUACAUGUCCUGUGGGCUUACGAAGGAGUCUGAUAGAUUAAUUGCCAUUUCAGGUAUUGCAAAAGCCUUUCACGAAGCGACCGGCGACACAGUCUCCCAGGGAAUACCGAAUCCAAAGUCAUGGGCAUGCUCCGUCGUGGAGUUGGAUAUCACUCACGAAAGCAGCGGCAAGGCCCUACGAUAG